UGUACACGGGUGUCAGGCCCUUCGGCUGCUCCAACUGCGGCAUGUGCUUUGCCCGGUCGUCGGGGCUGCUGCGUCACCGGCGGGUGCACACGGGCGGGAAGCCCUGUGGUUGCUCCACCUGUGGUAAGAGCUUUGCCCUCUUGUCAAUGCUGCAGGUUCACCAGCGGAUGCACAGCAGUGAGCGGCCCUUCACCUGCUCAGACUGCGGCAAAGGCUUCAAGUCGUUAUCGGAACUGAAAGUUCACAGGCACCUGCACACUGGGGAGCGACCUUACACCUACAGCGACUGCGACAAGGGCUUUACCCAGUCCAUCAGGCUGCUGGAGCACCAGCGCACCCACACCGGCGAGCGCCCCUACACCUGUGCCCAGUGCGGCAAGGGCUUCACCAGCUCCACCAGGCUGCUGUCUCAUCAGUGGGUGCAUGCCGCGACCGUCCCGUCCCCAGCCCAAUGUGUGGAGUGCGCUUUUCCAUGGCCUCCCACGCCCUGUCUCGCCAUCGCAUGCACACCAGUGACCAGCCCUACGACUGCUCCCACUGCAGCAAACGGGGGCUGCCCGAGCACCAACGGCUACACAGACCAUGAUGGAGAAGGUGCAGAAGAGGUUGUGGGAACCGGCAAAGUAAGAUGGAGUCUUGCGGACGUCCAAGGGCGGAGAGCGAGAUCCCAACGCUCGGAGUUGAGGGGGGACGGCCGGGCGACGGGAAGCGGUGACUCCGGAUUAAUCCUGACGCCUUUCGCCAGCGAGAAGAAGACAGAGGAAUGA